ACUUACUUUUCAGAUUUUAAAGAUUUUUUGAUCAGAAAACAGCAAGAAACAGUGAGAGAAAUCUGACACAGGAGGGCACCACUCCCCUGUACGGGGUGGCCGUGGUUUUGUCCAGCUUGAGAAACUGUCCCAGUUGAUUAAAGGGUUACAUAUUGUCGGUGAUAACUUAGGAGAAAUCACUCAGAGGUCUUAGUUUGUCAUCGAAAAAAUGUGGGCCUUCUUGGUGCUCACUCUUGCCCUUUCUGUUAGAGCAUCAGACUCCACCAACGACACGGCAGCUGAAGAAGAGCUGGUUAUAGCCAGAGGGAAACUGCUGGCUCCCAGUUUGGUUGGAUGAGGCAUAAAGAAAAUGCCCGAGCUCCAACAUUUUCUCAUGGAGCGCUGGGCUUUAUACCACAACUUGGAAUAUGACUCAUCGGAGGAGAAGAAUCCGCGCCUGAUAUUCUAUAAUGAAAAGGACGAGGUUGUAAAGACUGUUCCAGUGAAGAAGAUGAAGGCGGACGAGAUCAGCAGCCUGUUAGACUCGCACGGUUUCUACAAGAGGUCCAAGAAAGGGGAAGAGGUGCCAGAGGAGUUCCAGCACUUCCCCCUGCGCGCCCCCAGGGACGAGCUGUGACGACACCUUGUGGCCGAGCUCUGCCGCUGCACCCCCGGCAGGCGUGAAUGACGAGUGGGGCCCCAAGGCCAAAGCGAUAAGCCAGGCACCACUCUGAGGGAGACGCCGGUCGGGAGCGGCGAGCAGUGCGUUAGUCAUUUCUGUGUCAGUGUGUUCAUUUGCUGAAUGCAUUAAAAAGCAAGGCUGUAAAAAAAAAAACA